AAAUGCACAAAGGCCACACCUUCCACGGUGUAUGGAUGAGGGGCCACUUCCCGGUGCAGGCCAGCAGGAGGCGCUGUUCUGGGGCUUCUGCAGAGUGGAGAGCUGCCCAUUUUCCUGGCUCAGGCAUGACAUCACAAUCUUAAUUAUGUGCUUUCUGCAGCAACACCACCCAUAGCAAAUACCACCCAUCUCCUCAGCAGGACCAACAUGUGCCUGGUCAGCUAGCCUGGCUGUGUUCCAGUAGUCCUGGGGAUCUCACCUGCAAAUGGCAGUGAACAACCACACAACUGUUGAGGAGUUUGUCCUGCAGGGUUUCUCUGGAGACCUUUGGCUCCAGGCGAUCUUCUUGGUCAUCUUCCUUCUCCUUUACCUCCUGGCUCUUUUGGGAAAUUUCAUUAUUGUCAUGGCCAUCAGCCUGAAUCCAGUCCUUCAUACCCCAAUGUACUUCUUCCUUACUAACUUGGCCCUGUUAGACAUUGUCUGUACAUCCACUGUCCUCCCCAAGCUCCUGGAGGGCCUGCUGGGCAAGAGCAGCACCAUCUCCUACAGGGGCUGCAUGACCCAGCUCUUCUUCUUGACAUGGUUCCUGGGGGCAGAGCUGUUGCUGCUCACAGCCAUGGCCUAUGACCGCUAUGUGGCUAUCUGCCGCCCUCUGCACUACAGUUCCAUGAUGAGCCGGCCUGUCUGCCUCUUGCUGGCCAGUGCUGUGUGGGUGGUCAGUGCCAUCAGCACAUCUGUGCACACAGGCCUUAUGGCACGGCUCCAUUUCUGCGGCCCCAACCAGAUCCGUCACUUUCUCUGUGAAGUCCCCUCACUGCUGCUGCUGUCCUGCAGCCCAACCACCCUGAACAACAUCAUGAUUGUCAUCGCAGAUGCUUAUUUUGGUGUGGUCAACUUCCUGCUGACUAUGGUGUCCUAUGGCAGUAUCAUUGCCAGCAUUCUGCGUAUCCGCUCAGCAGAAGGCAAGCGGCGGGCCUUCUCCACCUGCUCUGCACACCUGCUGGUGGUCACACUCUACUACUCCACAGUCAUCUACACCUAUGUUCUCCCUGGCUCUGGCUCCUCCAUGGAAAAUGGUAAGGUGGUUGCUUUGUUAUACACUGCCGUCAGCCCCACCCUGAAUCCCCUCAUCUACUCUCUGCGGAACAAGGAUGUCAAAGUGGCCCUCAGGAAGAUGGUCCCCUGCCUUGGGUGA